UCUUUGGCACAUAAUGUUCGGUCACUAUAUUCAGCUUUUCCGUGAGAUAAUAGAACAGUUGAGUUGUAGGCAUGGAUGGUUGUUGUCAGAUCUGUUAAUGAAUGUUUGUUUGUGUCUCGAUGUGUUCUCAGCUCACCCGAGGCUCAGAGAUGAUGAUGAUGAUGGACUGUGAAACCGAGCGAGCGAAGACCUUCUGGGAGGAAGUGGAUGUUGAUGAGGUGUUUGAUGAUCUGAUCGAGGUUCUUUCUCUUUUACGAGAGGCGAUUAGACACAACACCGCAACAGACAGAGAGUACGUUCAGGCCAUGAAGAUCAUUCUAGAGUCGAAGGUGAUCGUCCUCCGGCCCGAAGCCAUCCAAGAGGUUCUGAUUGAUGAAGAUAUCCUGACGGUGACCGUAUCAGAGUCUCAGUGUUCUCCGGAGAGCUCGAGGAACGAGACGGAGGACGCUCUGCUAAAGGACGGCUCACGACUCUCCAGAGACGCGGAGUCGGGCUCGGACCACAGUCAGCUGUCCUCCGCCAGCCGGACCGGUCCGGAUCUCCCGCUGCUCCUGUCUCCUCUGAGCUUGUGUUCUGAAGAGGCCCGGUCUCCGGCGCCGCUGGUGUACCAUCCUCACGACUGCAGCCCGGCGUGUGUUCCGGCGCUCCCCGCUCACGCCGACCGCUUCCUGGGACACAACCCGCUGCGGGUGCCCAUGCUGUGCCAGUUCCAGCGCCACUGCGCGCGGGUCCAGGCCGAGGACGAGUGUGAGGACGCGGACGUGCUUUAUAAGGCGCCGUGUGGGCGGAGCCUGCGCUCGAUUGAGGAAGUGCUUCAGUUCCUGUGCGAGUCCGACACUCAGGGCGUGUUGCAGCCGAGCAACUUCAGCUUCAAUGCGCAGAUCGUUCCCGAACGUCAGGCGCGAGCUCCCGCGUCUCCGGGGCUCCUGUUCGAGCGCGACCUCAGCCGCGGGAUCGAGCCGGUUCCCGUGCCUCUGUUUAACGAGGUGGACGGGACGUGGGUGAAGGAGUUUCGCUACCGGAAGGAACGCUGGCCGCACGGAUGCUUCCUCAGCGCGGAGCCGUUCUUCUCAGCGUGCUGCGACUGCUCUGACGGCUGCACAAACGCUCUGACCUGCGCUUGUGUUCGGCUGACGGCCAGCGGGGGCGCUCAAGCUUACACACACCAGAGACUGAGCCAGCCUGCGCGGGCAGGGUGAGUCC